GGAGACAUGAAGAAAAUGUGUGUGUGCAUGGGCGUAUAUAUAGGGAUAUUAGUUCGUGGUGUGUGUGUUCGGUUUAUUAGUAAGUGCAGCACGCAGGAAAUCGCAACACGACGCGUGCAAGUUGGCGAUUGCGUCCGCGUUUGCUGCUGUAGCGUUAUUUUUCUUUCUCUCUCCCUGUGUGUGUACUGCAAACACUCCAUGUGCAGCGCUAUACUUCCACAGCCAGCAAAUGCAACGCCUCAGCUUCUCCCUAGCUGCGCGGCAGGCACAGCGCAGCAUUGCAGCGUACGUGCUGCGGUUCACAGCGGCGUCGCACGACAGUGUCGCGUGCGAAGAAUGCAGCCCCCAGCCAAUCAAAGGAGACAGGGAGAGGUACACACUGUACAACAGCCACAGACGCGUCGUGUUGGACAUGAUGGAGGAGCAGUUGAUGAUUGCGGCAGUUGCAGCUCACCGCUCACUGUACGACCCCUCACACUCAAAGUACAAAGACACCGAGCUGCGAAGUGCCAUCUGGCAAGAGAUCGCCAAGGACCUGAGCAUGGAAGUUGAUGCGUGCAAGGCAAAGUGGAGGACUCUAAGAGACGGUUUCACAAGAGCUUUACGUCAACAGAAAGAAUGCAAGAACGGAGCAUCAACUAAAUCAAAAAAGCCUUGGCGAUACCAGAAUGAAAUGGAAUUUCUAAUGCCAUUUAUCAGCCCUAGAGAGUCACGUGCCAAUUUAGUGGAAAAAGAUGGUGAUGAAGAUCAUGAGAUAACAGGGCAAACCCAGUCACCAACAAACUGCAGUGGCUGUAAUGAUGGUGACAUUGAUGAUGAUGAAUCUACCAGGCAUUCUUCUGGUUCAAUCACCACCACAACCACUACACCACAGCUUAUAUCCAAGUUUGAAGUCACAGCAUCUCAUGGUGGAAAUCUUUCAGAGAUGAAAAGAAAACCUGAUACUCCCAGUCCUGACCUGUUUGUGGAUUAUCUAAAGUAUAGAAGACUGGAUGUGGAUCUACUGCUGAAAGAGCAUGAACUAGCAUCAUCCAUUAAAAGAGAUAAUGUCUGUAGUUGCAAGCAUCAGGAGAGGGAAGAAGAUCCAGUGGAGGCAUUUUUCUUCAGCAUGGGCCAGAGUGUGAAAAGACUGCCUUUUCAUUUGCAAGCCCGAGUGAAAAUGAAAGUUUGCCAAGCUGUCACAGAUGCAGAAUUAGAGUGUCUAGAUACAGCUUCUGUGUAGUGUUAUCUUCUGAUGUAGAUUGUUAAUUGUACUGUUUAUAGGCAAAAGAGCUUGACUUGAAGGGGUGUUUAGGGCACAGGAGAUGCAAAUCAUCAGCAUGUUGAGCUGUUACUAUGACUGUGAGUGACUUUAUUCUUAGUUGCACAGCAAGCUGUCUGUGUCACUUAUUUAAGAUAAAGUAUCUGACGUUUUUGAAUUGUGAAUUACUGCUUAUAAAUGUGGUUCAUAUAGUAAUAUCUGCUAUGCAGAUUGUUAAUGUUUUUAAUGUUUAUUUUGUAAUUGUUUAUGAUCCCACUUGAACAAGAAUCAAAAGAGCAUAUCAUCAAUGACUACUUUCUUGUUUCUGGCCAGUUCCACUUAAACAUUGCAUGAAACUUGCAUUAGGCUCGAGGCAUCUUUUAAUUAAUGUACAGGGUAAUAAUUAAAGUACUAUUUUCAACAGUACGUUUUUUUUUCACUUUUUGAUGUUACAUCUUUACAUUUCUGCUUUAUAACUUUAUGUUAGUAUAGAUUAUUUGCAGAAUAAACAUAUCCAAAUCAGUUAAUUUUGGAUAGCAAAUUUUAUUUUCACAUACAUGUGGUGAUAUUAAUGUUUCAGUUAUUGCCUUUAUUGAGCCUGUGACCAGUGUGUAGAAUAGUCACAUUGCAUUUUACAGUAUCACACAUUUAUGUCAUUAUGGUCUGUUAGCUUAUUUAUCCAAUUGUUAAUGUCACAAUAUAAUGAGGUCAGUUUUGUCAAUGGCAUAUAGGCUUAUCUUUUCCUGGUUGUGCUUACUUGCAGUCAACUGGACAGUAGGAGUCCUCUGUGUAACUUUAAUUUCUAUAGAAACACCUCAGCACUGUGGACAGUAACAAAAUGUAGAAUUCUUUAUCAACAUUUAUGCUUUCAGUGAAAGCUUUCACUUGAUUAUUUCAGUAAUUUUAUGAAGUGCCUUAUUGGGUCUUUUUCCUGACAUUUUUUUGGAUGUGCCUAAGCAACUAUUUUUGGAAAAUUUGUCUUCCUAUGACUUGUGCUAUAUGAACAAAUCCUAAAAUGCAUGUAUUCCCUCAAAUAAGGAGCAUGGUAGUGAUACACUUAACCACGAGUUUAUUUUUGAAAAAUUUACUGUAGACACAUUAAAUUCUGGAUUUAACCUUCUGGUUAUUAAGCUUUUAACCUUACCAGAAUAUAUAAAUCAACUUACUCUUGUGCUUGCUAAACACUGAAUUAGAUGAAUAUUCUAGUAUUUGAUAUUUGUUUAGUCUCUUAAAAAACAUGAAAGUAAUAUCAAAAUAUCAAUAACUUUUAUCUUCUUGUAAUUUUUGCAGCUCUCAAAGACUGAUCUCAAAGAUUGCAUUUCUUGCCUAGUCAGUAAUUCGUUGAAGGUACUAAUGAAUAAUGUUCAUUUUGGUGUACUUUUAUACACCAAAAUUAUGUGAAAAUAUUUUAAGGUAAAUAUAAGAGAGUGACUGGAACUGUUGAAUGUUUUCAGCAUACAUAAGCUUUGCAGUUGAAAAAUUGCACUCUUCAAUGUAUUUUUCUUAGAUAAUCCUGCAUAUAUCAGAGACAAUCCUUAUUUUGCAGUGGGGUGGGUGGGGGAAGAGUUGUGACCAAAAGCCUAAGUCACUGCCAAAAAUGUCAUUUGAGUAAGCUGCAGAACCUCAAGGGAACAUUAUUUUCAGGUACAUUGUUUUAAUGAUACCUUGAAAAUGAAGGGCUCUGUAGUUGCUGAAAUGUCAUAAUUUUUUUUAACCCAUUUUCCAGGGUUCUGUUUCUUUUGUAUCGAUUAAGUUAGAAGCACUCAAAUUGCAGGUGAAAUUAUCAAAUAUUUUUAUUACUCAUAGUAUGUUUCAAAACUUGCUGUUAUCUUGCAGAGUGCUUAUGACAAAUGGACCAAAGUAUAUUGUUAAAAGCAAAUGAAAUAAAUUGAAGACUGAACAGU